UGGCGAAUAGACAUGCGUCUGACGACUCGGCACACGCAGCGUCUCCGUAUCCGUUGGUUCAACGCAUUUUAUGUAUUCGAUUGUUUGUUCAAUCGCAUUUACGAGGGAAUCAUCGAAGUGGACGCGUCGUAUUUUUCGACUGUCGCUCAUGUCGGCGUGUGUUUAAUAUUAUUUUUUCACUCAUUGCAAACAACAGAAGGUUUUCGAUUUGGUUUUUUUUUAUAUUUCACCCAAAUAUCGUUCAUCCGGUACUUGAGACUAUAAGAUAAAUUAAGUGAUUUAACCGAAUUAUUCAGUGUGAAUAUAAAGAAAAGAAAUUAGAAUAUUUUAGUGUGUUUUUCUUUUCAUCAUCGAAGUUUUGGAUUUACUUAGUGUGGUAUACACAUGGGAACGGCACGAAAUGUUACGAUUUUUCGAAGUUUCUCAACACAUCCGACGAACAAUUGUUUGUGAAUUUUGUUAAAAGAGAAUAAAUUGCUUGGAUGAAGAUCAAAGCAAGACAUCAGUGUUAAUUUACACAGCAAACAAAAAAAAAAUUCAAUGCAAGUUUUCAAACAAAUAAUGAGUUGAUCGUCCGACGCAAUCAACAAUCGGCAAAUAGCAAUUUCAUUUGCUGCAACAUUCAACACAUAACAACAGAAAGAAAAAAACGUUUGAUAUCAUCGGUUUUAGCUGUAAAAUUACAACAUCAUCGACAUCAUAGUCGUGUUUUAUCGACUCGAUCAGCAACGCAUUCAUCAAGUGAAGAAGAGACAAAAGUAAAGAAAUAAUAAUAAAAAAAAAAUAUACAGUGAGGAAUAUACGCCAGUGAAAUUGCGAAAUAUUUGCUCUCUGAUGAAUAAAAAAAGGCAAAAAAUAACCGAAAAAUAAGUUUAACAACGAAAAAAAUAGGGGAAAAACGACAGAUAUUUACAAAACAAACAAAGAAAGAGAAAAAAAAAGAAGAUUCCAACCAAUAAAGAGUGUUCGGAAAGUUAAUCUAACACAAAGCGUCAUCACCGGUUUAGCUAUUUUUUUCUUGUUCAUUCAUUUGUUGGAAGUUUUGUGAGUGUGAUUUGAUCUGAAGAAGAUACCUGAAUUUGAAUAUCACGAAGGAGCACAUAAAACGACUGCAGAAAGAAAACACAUUCAAAGUAAAUGAGACGUAGAUAAAUUUGUCGACACAAUUAGGUACAGAGUAUAAAAAAACACCGUGCUAAUUGCAGAUGCUUUAUUACAUCUCCUGUGUGUGAGCAAAUAAAAACCGACAGAAGAGAAAAAAAAAACAACAAAAAAGCAACAAUAAUAAGUGUUUGAAGAAGAAAAAAGUAUUGCUACUGCUAAAGCCUUUGAUCGCUAUCGACAUCGACGGCAAAGCAGAAAAUAAAAUUCUUUAUUUUCGUAUAUAUAUAUAUAAGCAACCGCUUCUUCUUUUCUUGCUCAUCAGUUUGAAUUAAACAGUUACACAAUUCCCAAGCAUUUGGCACUCACAAUUAGUGCACAAUACACAGAUGAUAUUAAUUGCGGCGCUCGGCUUUAAUUCGUAGUUUCUCUAUAUCUCGAUCUUCAUGUGGCACAUAACACAGCCAUACACACAGUGUGACCCUAUUUUGAUAGUAUUUGUUUGAUGCGACGCUCUUCAAAACACAUUCUUCGUUUGAGGUUAGAUUUUUGACGUUUGACGUGUAUAUUGUGUGUUAGUUUUACAUGUACGAAACUUGAAAGCGCGCGCUCAAUUCCGCUUUCUAAGAACAAAAUACAAGAAGAGAAUUAAAAAAAAAGUAACGAAGAAAACAACGCGGUGAAGUUUUUUUUAGUGCGAUAGUUCUGUGAAUUGAAGACCCCAACGAUUAGAAAAUUAUUAUUUUAAUUUUCAAUUUAAACGGAAAUCAGUGAUUGGUUCAUUUUAUGAUUUCUUAGAAGUAAUUUAAUCAGAUUGGAAUAUACAGUGAUACAAUCAACUUGAGUUCGUUUCUUUUCUGGUAAAUUUGAAUUCAGUUUUGAAAACAAAAACCUGGCCGUUAUCAUUGGAUUAUAUUAAAACAGUAAAGGAUUUAUUCAGACACAAUUCAUCUCCACAAAAAAACCACAAACAAAAUGUAUCCAACAAAUGCAAGGCAUCCACCGGCUUCGGGCCCGCCACAGCAAGGACCAAUUAAGUUCACAAUUGCCGACACCCUAGAACGAAUAAAAGAGGAAUUUAAUUUUCUCCAACAACAGUAUCACACAUUGAAACUAGAGUGUGAAAAACUAACAAAUGAUAAAACCGAAAUGCAAAGGCAUUAUGUGAUGUACUACGAAAUGUCGUAUGGCCUUAACGUGGAGAUGCACAAACAAACGGAAAUAGCGAAGCGUUUGAGUGCAUUGAUAAAUCAACUCCUUCCCUGUUUGCAACCAGAACAUCAGCAAUCCGUGCUACAAGCUGUUGAACGAGCCAAACAAGUUACAAUGCCUGAACUGAAUGCAAUCAUUGGCCAACAGCAUCCAGCAAUCCAGCAAUUGAUCCAACAAAUGCACGCUCAACAAAUACCAUUAACACCGCAUCCGAUACCAACACUGGCCGGAUCGUUGGGUUCAUUUGCUGGACCAAUGGGUUUGCCACAUGGCCCACAGGCAUUACUGAAGGUACCACAAGAUUUACACAGAGAAGACAUCAAAGUACCGUUGGGUGGACCAUCGGCCGAAGAACGAUUGCGUAAUUCCGUUUCACCAGCCGAACGUGAAAAGUAUCGGCCACGAUCUCCGGUCGAGGUUGAAGACAGUAAACGACGCAAAGAGGACAAAUUAACCAACGAGAGUGAUGGAGAGAAAAGCGACCAGGAUUUAGUUGUGGAUGUAGCAAAUGAAAUGGAAUCCCCAUCGCCACGUGCAAACGGUGAUCAUGCAGUAGAUUCUCGCGACAGCAUUGGACUAAAUGGAAAUGACAAACCCGGCGGUAGCAGCUCAAAGCCUUCUGCUGAAAGACCGCCAUCCCGUUCUGGAUCCAGUUCAUCACGUUCAACACCUAGUUUAAAAACCAAGGAUCUGGAUAAGCCAGGAACGCCAGGUGCAAAAGCUCGAUCAACAACACCGAAUGCAGGCAGCGCUUCAGCUGGAUCAAAAGGUGGCGUUCCACCGGUACCAGUUGGAUAUCCAUCACCGUACCAACGACUACCAGAUCCAUACCGACCACCGGCAGAAUAUGGCAGAGCAUUUGAUCCACACGGCCAUGUUCGCACAAAUGGCUUGCCACUUACAGCACCACAUCCAGCCGGAGGAAAACCAGCGUAUUCAUUUCACAUGAACGGCGAAGGAACAAUGCAGCCAGUGCCAUUUCCAGCAGAUGCGUUGAGUGGCCCAGGUAUCCCGCGACAUGCCCGUCAAAUAAAUGCAUUGUCACAUGGUGAAGUUGUGUGCGCUGUUACCAUAUCGAAUCCAACGAAAUAUGUUUAUACCGGUGGCAAAGGCUGUGUCAAAGUCUGGGAUAUUUCACAACCGGGAAAUAAGAGUCCAGUCAGUCAGCUCGACUGCUUGCAACGAGACAACUACAUUCGAUCUGUUAAACUUCUACCUGACGGCCGUACAUUGAUCGUUGGUGGUGAAGCAUCGAACCUCUCAAUUUGGGAUUUGGCAUCGCCGACGCCGCGAAUCAAAGCCGAACUUACAUCAUCGGCACCCGCGUGUUACGCUUUGGCAAUCAGUCCCGAUUCAAAAGUAUGCUUCUCAUGUUGCAGUGACGGGCACAUUGCCGUUUGGGAUUUACACAACCAAGCAUUGGUACGACAAUUCCAAGGACACACCGAUGGUGCAUCCUGCAUCGAUAUCAGCCCAGAUGGUAAUCGCCUAUGGACUGGCGGUUUGGAUAACACAGUUCGUUCAUGGGACUUGCGAGAGGGUCGCCAAUUGCAGCAACAUGAUUUCAGUUCGCAAAUCUUUUCACUUGGAUACUGUCCGACUGGUGAUUGGUUAGCUGUUGGAAUGGAAAAUUCACAUGUAGAAGUGUUGCAUGCCAACAAACCCGACAAAUACCAAUUACUAUUACACGAAAGCUGUGUACUUUCAUUACGCUUCGCCACCUGUGGCAAAUGGUUCGUUUCAACUGGUAAAGAUAAUUUGCUGAAUGCCUGGCGAACACCGUACGGCGCCAGUAUAUUCCAGUCGAAGGAAACGUCAUCGGUGCUCAGUUGCGAUAUAUCAGCCGACGAUAAAUACAUUGUAACGGGAUCAGGUGACAAAAAGGCUACCGUCUACGAGGUUAUCUACUAGACGUCUACUAAAACCACUUCAAUGGUUUCUUAUUCUCAUUCUUUCGUAUUCAAUUCGGCAUAAGAAGAGAACGACUUUCCUGAAUCAAAACGAUGUAGAAAAAAAAUACCGAAGCAAAGUCCGGAACCAAUACGAAUUGUAAAAAAAAUUUUUUAAGUUCAAUGAAAUAAAGAAAGAAGGAAAAAGAAAAUAAACAGAUGAAAUUCAAUGAAUUCAAAUGUAGAAUUUAUCGCAAAGAAUUGUAGAAAUUAAAACCAAAAUUACUUUAAAAAAUCAACAAAACAAAUUUAAUAAUUGAGAGAAUUUCGUGUAAUUUUAAACAAAAAUUCUAUUGUACAAUUUUAAAAUUAAAACAUUUUAUGACAGACACUAUGUUAAUCCUCAUAUAAAAGAAACAAAAGAAUAAAAACACCUGCGAUUGGAGCAAUGUA